AGGGCCAUGAGGAAGCAGAGCGCGCGCACGGCCGCGCUCAUCCUCUGCAUCCUAUCCUACCUGCUGGUGGGCGCCGCGGUCUUCGACGCGCUGGAGUCCGAGGCAGAGAGCGGCCGCCAGCGGCUGCUGGCCCAGAAGCGCGGCGAGCUCCGCAGGAAAUACGGCUUCUCGGCAGAGGACGACAGAGAGCUGGAGCGCCUGGCGCUGCAAGCCGAGCCCCACCGCGCCGGCCGCCAGUGGAAGUUCGCGGGUUCCUUCUACUUCGCCAUCACCGUCAUCACCACCAUCGGGUAUGGCCACGCUGCGCCAGGCACGGACUCGGGCAAGGUCUUCUGUAUGUUCUACGCGCUGCUGGGCAUCCCCCUGACCCUGGUCACCUUCCAGAGCCUGGGCGAGCGGCUGAACACGCUGGUGCGGCGCCUCCUGCUGGCAGCCAAGCGCUGCCUGGGCCUGCGGCGCCCGCUCGUGUCCACCGAGAACAUGGUGGUGGCCGGGCUGCUGGUGUGCGCCGCCACCCUGGGCCUCGGGGCCGCGGCCUUCGCGCACUUCGAGGGCUGGACCUUCUUCCACGCCUACUACUACUGCUUCAUCACCCUCACCACCAUCGGCUUCGGCGACUUCGUGGCGCUGCAGAGUGACGAGGCGCUGCAGAGGAAGCCGCCCUACGUGGCCUUCAGCUUCCUCUACAUCCUCCUGGGGCUCACGGUCAUCGGCGCCUUCCUCAACCUGGUGGUGCUGCGCUUCCUGGCGGCCAGCAGCGACCUGCCCGAGCGCGCCGCCCGCUGCGCCAGCCUCCUCCGCCAGGGGGCGCCCGAGAGCCACGGCCGUCCGGCCUCCGUCUCCCACCGAGUCCACCGGCUGGAGCUGGGGGCCCGCGACAACCUGGCCUUCUCGCCCCCGGUGAGCCCGCAGGCUGUGGGCGACGGCCGGGCAGGCAGACCCCCGGCCCGUAGGAAGUCCAUCUGACAGCUCUCCCCGGGCUGCUGGGCAUGGAUCCUGCCCCUGUCCCGGGAGCGGCGGGGUAUUUGGGAAGAGAUAUCUGGGUAUGGGGGGGGGGGGGAGGGCCAAAGUCUCCACACAGUCUUUUGCACCAGCAGUUCCCCUUCCUUUCUGUGGCUUGCUCCGCCCCCCCUCUCCAAAACAUAUUAAAGUUGCAUCAGAAGCACAGGCAGGCCUCUGAAGUCCCCUGAUAGGUGCAAAGCUCCCUGUUAGGAAGGGGUGAACCCUAUCAGCCCCUACUGGCCGCAGUGCACACUGAAUGCAAUCUUCCUGCCCCUUGGUCAGCUGGUGAAAUCCCUGACUGUCCUCACUAUUCUUACCACUGAGGCUAGCUAACUCCCACUUUGGGAUGCACAGGGUUAGAGGAAGUAAAAGGUAACAUCUAUAGUGCAGGUGGCUGGGCAGGCAAGGCCUCGCACAAUUCAAGGAAGGCACCUUUGUUGUUAAGUAGGAAGCCUACCCAGACUUCCUUGCUUAUAACCUGUGCUCCUUCAAUCUGAGGGGGUCCUUGCUGAAACCCACCAUGUGAUGGGCCUUUUGAGUGCCCAUUCUGAGUGGGACCAGCUCUCCAGGGCCCUGGAGUCUGGGCUCUCCUCGGUCCUGCAGUGUUACUUAGGGAGUGUCAUUCCCCCACUUGGGGUCUCACUUCCCAUCUGUCAAAGAAUGGGGUUCAGCCCAAAUCCCACUCUCUCUGUGAUCUCUGAAACAGUCCCUGGGGUGGCUCCUGCCUCACCAGGAGCAGCCACAAAGCCCUGAAG